AUGGGUUCCGAGAAUGAUUCAGAUGAGAGUAGGCCCUUUUUGGUGCCAAUUGAUAAGGACAGACUCCAGGAUCCUACGAGUGACAUUGCCGGGUUUGUCGCUAGCGAACUAGAGCAACAAGAAGAACGGUUGGUGGAUCAUGAACAAGAGGGUUAUGGCGCGUUGCCCUCCGAAUCUGGGCCUGAAAAUACCCAGUUUUCGUUUUAUCGUACCCAGCUUAUCAUGACUUCGAUGUAUCUAGGGAUUUUUUUAGCAGCCUUAGACAACACCAUCCUUUCGACGCUUCUCACGCACAUAGCAUCGGAGUUCGAUGACCUGCCCCGAAUUUCCUGGAUCGUCACGGCGUAUUUGCUGGCUAGCGCGACUUUCCAGCCAUUGUACGGUAAGAUUUCCGACAUUUUUGGCAGGAAGCCGCUUCUGCUGUUUAGCAACGCUGCGUUUGGCAUUGGAUGCCUAAUCUGCGGGGUGAGUCAUAACCUCUGGUGGCUAACGCUGGGUAGGUUCGUCUCGGGCAUUGGCGGCGGCGGUUUGUCGUCAAUGGCCAGCAUUACUACCAGCGAUAUCGUACCGUUGCGUAAUCGGGCUUUAUAUCAAGGCUUCUGCAACUUCUUUUUUGGUCUGGGCACCGCGUGUGGAGGGCUGGUUGGAGGCUGGUUCACGGAACACGCAGGAGGUUGGCGGAUUUCGUUUUUGGCUCAGGUCCCUGCAUGUGUUUUCAGCUGUGUGCUUAUUAUCUCGUAUUUGAACUUGCCCCAGGACAGAGUGCGGAGACAAAAUGGACAUUGGAGAAAGAAACUAUUGAGAGUGGAUUGGACUGGGUCAUUUACCCUGGUGUCGUUUUUGUUUUCUUUUACGCUUGCGACGUCGCUUGGAGGUAAAGAACUGCCGUAUGGCUCACUCGGGUUCGCUUUGUUGGGCGCUGCGAUUGUUAUGUUUGGUGGGCUGUUUGCAUACGUGGAGUUAAAGAUCACUAAAGAUCCAAUUCUGCCCAUAGGAUUCUUGCGGGACAGGAGCAUCCUGGGUUCGAGUUUGGCCAAUUGGUUUUGUACUAUGGGCAUGCUCACGACGUCAUUCUACUUACCGGUCUACUUUGCUAGUGUUCUCGGAAUGGGGCCUACUGACGUGGGCAAAAGAUCGAUCCCGAGCUUUUUCAGCAUUGCGUUUGGGUCCCUGGGCGUGGGUUAUUACAUGAAGCGUACAGGUCGUUACUACAAGUUUUUACUUGCGUUUUGUGGGGUCGCACUUGUGGGUCAGUUGCAAAUCAAUCUCAUAACGCCUUCGAUUGCUGUUUGGCGUCAAUACACGCUUUUGGUUGUGCCCGGUUUUGGAGUUUCGGUGUUGAUCACGGUUACAUUACUUGCCAUGAUCGCAGCAGUCCCACACGAACACCAGGCCGCUACAACGUCGAUCUCGUACGCAUUUCGCACUACGGGCUGCACGUUGGGCAUUUCCAUUGGUGCUGCUAUUUUUCAGAAGUCGCUUGCGUCGUUGCUCAACGACAAAGUGAUGAGGUUCGCGUCUGAAGGCCACUCGAAGGAAGAGUUAAUGAAGAUCAUUCGCAAUGCGUCCCAUUCGUCAGAAUGGGUGCACGAAAGUGCUCCAGAAUUUGUGCGCGCUACGCUUCUCGAAUGCUACCACUACGCCUGUAAGUCUACGUUCAAGUUCUGCAUGGCCUGCAUGGUGCUAGCGUCGCUCUCGUGUUCCAUCAUCAAAGAGUACAAGCUGCAUACGUCCAUGAAGCGAGACAACUAG